AUGAUGGAAGUCAGAGUCACUAAUACGCCAUUCGAGUUUGUCGUUACGUCAACUUCUGCGGUCAAAGUUUCAACUCCACCAGUGGAGUCUGCAGAAGUGAAUGUGGUGGUAUAUUCCGUGCAUCCCGAACAUUUAGAAGAAGCUGAAGACGAUGCAUCAGAAAGUAUCGAAGUCAGUGUCACCAAAACACCAUUUGAGUCUGUGGUAACGUCAACUUCUCCGGUCAAAGUUUCAACCCCACCAGUUGAGUCUGUGGUUGCAAAUGUAGUGGUGUACUCAGUGCAUCCAGAACAGUCGGAAAGUAUCGAAGUCAGAGUCACCAAAACACCAUUGGAGUCGGUAGUGACGUCAACUUCGCCAGUCAAUGUCUCAACUCCACCAGUAGAAUCUGUGCUUUCGAAUGUGGUAGUAUAUUCAGUACAUCCCGGAACAUUCAGAAGAAGCAGAAGAAUGCAUCAGAAAUAA